ACCUCAACCGCUUUACUGCCCUUUAUAACGCCACUACCGCCUGGCCCUUAGUCUAUGGUUCUCAUAAAGUCAGUAAGAUAUCUCGUGAACGUCUACCCCUCCUCCUCUCAGAUAAAAAAGUCGUUUUGAGUUCCAAGUUCCGAGAUACGAUCGGUUAUCUUCUAUGGCUACUUCGGUUCUCCGCUCACAAGAUUGUUUGAGGGAUCGGUUUUCAACAGAAACCCUCUCAUCUCCUUCCUUCAAACCUUGCCGAAACCCUAACCCUAAUCUUCACCCAAAGCCUAAGCCUAAGCCUAAGCCUAACCCUAACCCUAACCCUAGCUCCACUAGAUCCGCCCAAAAAAAGCGAACUUCGGUGGGAUCCAAAGGCAAAGAGAGCAGGCGAAGUCGCUGCGAGACGUCCGUCGCAAGAUUGCCUGCCAAAAACCUGAUAAUGGGGCAAGUUACGAUAUUGAAGCGUGGUGAGGUGUUGAAGCUGUCGGAGGUGGAUCGAGUACCUGAUGUGGUCGCGGAAGAGGCAAAGAUCGAUGAAGUUUAUGAUUUGUGUUCAAUUGAUCGGUUAGGUCCGGAGCCGGACACGGUACCGAAUCAGAUCGGUUUGGCAGAUGUCAAGUCGGUUGAUUGUGUUUUCGCUGGGUCAGCUUUCUUUACUUCUCCUCCUCCAAGUUCCCUUCCUUUACCUCGAUUUUUCACCAAGAAGGAUCUGCGGAGCAAGAAUGAUGAUGCCGCGACGGAUCUACAGCGGAUACUGCCGCUAGAUCUGUUGUGAUCUUGGUACUAUUUUGAUGAAGCUCUACAGUGUUGUGGUGUGAUCGGUAGCACUUGUAACUAUCGGUUGCUACGCCUUGAGGUCUUCCCAUAUUUUUUCAACGGGAGGAUCGUUUUGGAAGAGAAAAUGAAACGAUGAAGAGGAAAUCAAAUAGGUUGUUUGCAUUGGUUGCAGAAGAAGUAGAUUAGUUAUUUAUUGGAUAGUGUCAUUGAAAGGGUUGUUUAGCUUUA